AUGAUAGUGAUGUUGUGCGCGCGACGAGUUGAAAAUACGCGUAUUACACUAUAACGUACGGACGGUGACGCGCAGAAGACUCGGCCGUCACGCACGCACGGUAAAGGCCGGGACACACUAUUUACACGCCACGUCUUAACAUGGCUUUACAUACCACGCCGUGGUAAGACGUGUGAGGCGGCUCUGUACACAUUAAUACAACGCGUGUAAUACCAUAGUAUGCGCUAAAACAAUUUAGGUAACACACUUUGAACGCUAAUUUUUGUCAGUCAGUACCAUUUCUCUAUCAAAAGAAGUAAGAUCAACUUUGUAACUACAUUAUGGAUUCUUCGUCAAGUUCAUCUGACAGUGAUUGGAUAGAAGAAAUGGAAGAAACGGUUGUAGCAACAUAUAUGUUAGAUCAAACCUAUAAGAACCGUCGAUUUUGGGUUCACCCAAUCAACAAGGAAAGGGAUGAAAAAGGCAUAUUUGUUAACUUAUUUCCACAGUUAAUAAAUGAUCCGGAAAAGUUUCAUCAAUACUUUCGUAUGUCGUAUGAUCAAUUUACUGAUUUACAUAAUUUGAUAAAGGACGAUAUUAAAAAGCAAAAUACACAAUUUCGGACACCGGUUCCAUCUGAACAGAGAUUAGCUGUGUGCUUAAGAUUUUUGGCUACCGGGGAAUCUUAUAGGUCUUUAGCUUUUAGUUUUCGUCUGGGAUUUAGCACAACCAGAGAAAUCGUUGAAGAAGUCUGUGAAGUCAUCUGGAAAACAUUAAGACCAAUUUACAUGCCGAAACCUACCAAAGAAGAUUGGCAGAAAAUUAGCAGAGAAUAUAAAGAAUUAUGGAACUUUCCCAAUUGCAUUGGAGCUCUCGACGGUAAACAUAUCAAUAUUCAAUGUCCCAUAAAUGGUGGAUCGGCAUAUUUUAAUUAUAAAGGAAGUAAUUCGAUCGUAUUACUUGCUUUGGUAGAUGCUCACUAUAAAUUUAUAACUAUUGAUGUGGGUUCUUAUGGUCGAAACUCUGAUGGACAUGCGUUAGCUAAAUCCGCAUUAGGAAAAGCAUUAGAAAACGGUACAUUAGAUGUUCCACCUGAUACACCAAUUGAAGAAAAUGGAGACCCAAUUCCGUACGUAAUAGUUGCAGAUGAGGCGUUUCCAAUGAAGUCAUAUCUUAUGAGACCAUAUAGCAGGGCAACUUUAGAUGGAAAUGAAGGAAAUAAAAUUUUUAAUUACAGGCUUUCUCGUGCAAGACGUGUUGUGGAAAAUGCAUUUGGAAUACUUUCAAAUCGUUGGAGAGUAUUCCGAACAAAUAUUCAAAUACAACCGAAAUCCGUAGACAACAUAGUACUUGCUGCAUGUUGUCUUCAUAAUAUGUUAUGCCAAAGCCAUGAUUUCCAAUUGGAUGAAAUAAAUAAUUAUGAAAGUACCCAAGGUUUUGUAAAUAUGGUACCAUUGUACCAAUAA